AUGAAAGCUCUUCUUAAACUCAAAGAGAGCCUUACAGAUCAUUCAGACCGGCUUUCGUCUUGGGUAGGAGAAGACUGCUGCAAAUGGAGAGGUGUAGGCUGCAACAACACAACUGGACGUGUGGAAAGCCUUAAUCUUCGCAACUCUUAUUCAGAGGGUACAAUUCAUGCUUUAGAAGGUGAGAUCAAUCCUUCUUUGCUUGAUUUGAAAGAUUUGGUUUACUUGGAUUUGAGCAUGAAUAACUUUGGAAGUUUCAAAAUUCCAAGUUUCAUUGGAUCACUAGAGAAACUGAAAUAUCUCAAUCUAUCCGGUGCAUCUUUUGGUGGAGUAAUUCCCGCCAAUCUUGGAAGCCUUUCAAAUGUGCUUCAUCUUGAUCUCAGUAAUAAUGUUAUUGAGAGUGAUCUCAGAUGGCUUUCCAGUCUUUCUUCCUUGCAGUUUCUUAACUUGGGAGGAGCAGACCUUACCAAGGCUGCACCAUAUUGGCUUUCCAUUGUUAAUAUGCUCCCUUCUCUUUUUGAAUUACAUUUGCCUCGUUGUGGACUUUCCAUCCUUCCUCAUACUCUUCCUCAUAUCAAUUUCACAUCACUUUCGGUUCUUGACCUCUCUGCCAAUGGUUUCAAAUCCACACUUCCUCCCUGGUUGUUCAAUCUGACUGAAGUAGCCAAUCUUGAUCUAAGUUUCAACAAUCUGAAUGGAGAACUUCCAGAAACAUUAGGGAGUCUGACUCAUCUGAAGAGCCUUGAUCUGUCAGAGAAUUCAAACAUUGGAGGUCAGUUGCCGAGAACCUUGGGGAUGCUGUGCAAUUUGCAGUCUCUUAAACUUUCAAUCAACAAAUUUACUGGUGAGAUAACUGAUUUCACUGACAGAUUGUCUAGAUGCACAAACAGCAGCUUAGAGAUGUUGAAUUUAGGUUAUAACAGUCUCACAGGAAAUUUGCCUAAUUCAUUAGGACUUCUUAAGAACCUGAGGUACCUCGUGUUGCGGCACAACUCAUUUCAAGGUACAAUCCCAGAAUCUAUAGGAAACCUGACAUCUUUGAAGGAGUUUUACCUUGAAAACAAUAAAUUAGGUGGAGUCAUCCCGGAAAGUUUUGGUCAGCUCUCAUCCCUUAUGGCAGUGGAUCUGUCUGAAAACACAUGGGAAGGUGUUGUGACAGAAGCUCAUUUUCUGAAGCUUCGACACUUACAAGAGGUGUCAAUUAAAAAAGAUUCCCCAAACAUUUCCUUAAUUUUCAACAUAAGUUCUAACUGGAUACCUCCUUUUAGAUUGAGAUACUUGAGCAUCAGCUCAUGCCAACUGGGUCCAAAAUUUCCUACAUGGCUCAGAAAUCAGACUGAGCUGUUUGUAUUAGGAUUUGUAAAUGCUAGAAUUUCAGACAGCAUACCAGAUUGGUUUUGGCAGUUGGAUUUGCUAUUAGAUGAUCUAGAUUUCUCUAAUAAUCAACUAAGUGGCAGGGUGCCUAACUCAUUAAGAUUCAGUAUGUGGGGCAUUACUGAUUUGAGUGGAAACCAGUUUGCGGGGGCCUUCCCUCUCUGGUCAUCAAACAUUUCUGGUCUGUAUCUGAAUGAUAAUGCAUUUUCAGGGCCAAUUCCUCACAAUAUUGGUGAAGUGAUGCCUUUGCUACAAGAUGUAGACAUUUCUAGGAACUCUUUCACUGGUAGCAUUCCACUGUCCAUUGGUAAUCUAAGCCGAUUAACAACCAUGGUUAUCUCAAAUAACCACUUCUCUGGUGAAGUUCCAAAUUUUUGGAACAGUUUGCCCGAAGUGUAUAUUUUAGAUAUGUCAAACAACAGUCUAUCUGGAGCAAUGCCAACAUCCAUGGGGUUCCUUAGCACACUCAGAUUCUUGAUACUCUCUAACAACAAAUUUUCUGGCCAACUGCCUUCACUGAAGAACUGCACAAACUUGAGGAGUCUUGAUCUUGGGGAGAAUAAGUUUUCUGGAGACAUUCCAUCCUGGAUAGGAGAAAGCAUGCUUUCUUUGUGGAUUUUACGAUUGAGUUCCAACUCAUUCACCGGAAGCAUUCCUACACAGUUGUGUAGCCUUUCCAAUCUUCACAUAUUGGACCUCUCACACAAUAACCUGUGGGGUCAUAUUCCCCAAUGUGUUGGUAAUUUGAGUGGCUUGAAAAUAUCUGAAAUGUCAGAUGAAGAUACAGAAUUCCUGUACCAGGGACAGCUGGAGGUAGUUUCAAAAGGACGGGUGCUUGAAUAUGGCACCAUCCUUUACCUUGUUAACAGCCUAGAUCUCUCAAACAAUAACUUAUCAGGAGAGAUGCCAUUAGAGCUAACAAGCCUUGUCAUGCUGGGAACCUUGAAUUUGUCCAUGAAUCAUCUCACAGGGAUAAUCCCUGGAAAGAUUGGUAACUUGAAAUCGAUAGAAACUCUUGAUCUUUCAAUGAACCAGCUUUCAGGUUCCAUACCACAGAGCAUGGUCUCUUUGACAUUCGUAACUCAUCUGAACCUGUCGCACAACAAUUUGUCCGGGAAAAUCCCAACAAGCAACCAGUUCAACAGCCUCAAUGAUCCAUCAAUUUACCAAGGCAAUGCUGGUCUUUGUGGCGAUCCGCUACCAACUCCUUGCCAAGACAAUGAAGAAACACCUCAGGUUCCAAGUGAAGAUAGAGAAGGAGAUGAUGAUAAAUCUGAAAAGGUAUGGCUCAUGAUCAGCACAGCAAUAGGUUUCAUUGUGGGGUUCUGGGUGGUUUUUGGGAGUUUGGUUAUCAAAUAUCUGUGA